AUGUUUCAUACGAAAUUCCAAGAGCCAUUAAUCACCGCCUACUAUAGCAUCGGCAGCCGUCCGCUGGAUAAUUGGGCCGUUCAUCAGUGCAAAGAAGGAGAAAUGCAACAUGUUCAAGACGACGAGCUGAAGUCCAACGUGCUCCAGAUACAGUCACCAAAUGUGAACGCCUGUUGUAUAACCUGUCCGAUGAAUCCCAAAGCAUCUCUCGGUAUUAAGCUGCCCUUCGUGACGUUGUUGGUGAAAAACCUUGGUCGAUUUUUUACGUUUGAAAUCACGAUUUUGGACAGCGAAAACAUUCGCCGGCGUUUGCGCACAAGCAACUAUCAUACCAUCAAAAAGCAAAGCAUGUUCAUGAUCACUAUGCCAUUUUGCAUGAAUGAGGGUUGGAACCAACUAAACAUGAAUUUGGCUGAGAUCACAAGUGACUCUUUCAAAACGACCUACGUGGAGACAGUCCGCAUUCAGGUGCACGCCAACUGCCGACUGAGGAGAAUAUACUUCAGUGACUUGUUGUACAAGGACGAUCAGUUGCCAAACGCGUACAGGAUGCACGGGACCAAGGACGUGAGGGAGAAAACGAAGAGCAUGCUAAAAAAAAAAGCGAUGGUCGUUGACCAAAAAUCGGCGGGCGACAAGUUGUAG